UACUACUACUGAGGAAGUGUCAAAACUGACAUCAGAAAAGGCUGAAUUAGAGCGACAUAUUAAACACCUUGAAAUGAAAUUGAAAUUAGUAGAAAAAGAGGGUGUGGCUACCAAUAAUACAGCUGAUAAAAAUCAAGAGCAGAUUCAGCAUAUUGAUACAAGUAAACAAGAAGCCAGAGACAAACAUAUUACUUUCAUAAACAAGGACAGUAAAGGUAAAACAGAGACUAAAAUGGGAGACAUAGCUGCUCAGGUUGCCAUGCCUAAGGCUAAAAAACUAUCUGACAGUUUCAUACAAUCAACUAACUGCCAAUCUUUCAUUACAAAAGAAGAGAUAGUCAUCAGAGUGUAUGUUGGAAGUAUUCUGAAACUUAAUGUGGAAGGUAUAGUCAAUGCUUCAAAUGGAAUGUUAUCUCAUGGGGGAGGAAUUGCUAAUGUUAUAUCUAGGGCAGCAGGUUAUGAUUUUGAACAGGAUUGUGAUGCAUACAUACAAAGAAAUGGUCCUUUGAAAGAUGGAGAGUGUUGCUCAACUUCCGCUGGUAAUCUUCAUUACAAGUGCGUUAUACAUGCCAUUGGUCCAAAAUGGUAUGAUUAUCCUAUUGAUAAACCACAGUGUGCCUCUGUCUUACAAAGAACAAUUGAAAAUUGUUUACAUGAAGCAGAAAUUAAUGGUUUUACAUCAGUUGCAGUUCCAUCUAUAAGUGCAGGUGUGUAA